AUGGCCUCAUACCUCUUGAAACUAAUUUCUAUAUCAUAUUUUUUCCAAUUUUUGUUUCCAGAAGAGUUCUUGAAACAAAAAGUGAUCCAUAAUUAUUUUGAAAAGCAAAAAAAGACGACAGAAAAAAAGCAAACAGAAAAAAUGGUGUUUUCUGGGUUUUUAUCAUUUUGUCUGUCGAACUUGAAAAAUACAAUGAAAUCUUCGUGUUACAAUUUUAAUUAUUGGGAUUCACUCGGAAAUUCAAUGCUCAUUUUUUUAAUAUUGUUGCACCUGUCAGCUCUUGCGCUGAAGUGCACCGUCGAAACAACAAAUAAAUGCUUAUGCGCGUGUAAAGACCCACUUGAAGGAGAAACGGGCGAUUCAACUUGUGUUUUUGGCACUGACACCGAUUGUGCCGAUGGCCACACACUUACUGUUGCCGCGACAAAGGAAACACUCGACUUGACCACUUUCGUUCUUAAUAAAACAGUCGAGACAACUCCUGAAGGUGAAACCGAAGCUGUAACAUCAUAUGAAACUUUAACCGAGAUCAAACAACUAACUAUUACAAAAAGCGGAACCUUAACUUCUAUUACUGUGACAAACGGAGACGAAACUACAAAGAAAUAUUUAUUUAAAAAUGCUGAAUUCACUGGAUACGAUUUGGUUGAUCUCGCUUUGGGCUACACUUCAAAUAUCAAUUUGGGGAAUGCAAUUGGAAAUUUGAGAGACGAUUUUUCAUACACCGUAACAACAACAAGAACAGGGUUCUUCUUGGUUUCUAAAUUCCCUCUAACUAAUACAAACUAUUUCAACAGGUUGUUCUCAUCAAACCCAAAAUUAUAUCGUUAUGGAACAACAGAAGACUCUCACAUUACUUGUACGUUUGAUGGAACCAAAUUUGAAGAAUAUAUGUGUGAAAAUUUUGCUCAUGAUGAAAUGAUUCUCUUAUUUAAUGGAACAUCCUUCACUUCUACGACUCUAACUCAAGGUGCUUGGAGAGAUGUAGUUUUUACAAAUGAAAACAUUAGUGUUGAAGAUACAACUUAUAUUAUAACAGCCCAAAAAUUGAAAACCAAUGGCGUGUUUAAUAUCAAAGGUUCAAUAACAACAGUUGCUAACUUUACAAUGAAAAGUGGAAUUGCAAAUCGCGUGGAUUCGAAAACUUUUGCUCCAAUAAUAAUAACCCUUUUAGACACACCAGCACCACAAACAACAGAUCCAGUUUUCUUCUAUUUAAGUCAAAAAGAAAGGUCAACAACAAGUUGGUCUGGAAUUUCACUUUUCUCGUUCAAAGUAAAUUCCAACUAUUACAGAGUAACAAAUUUGGCAAACAAUAAAUACUGUACUAUUAAAGCUGAUGGAACUGCUUUUGUUGAACCAGACUGCGUUGUUGGAAUUCUUGAUGAUACAAAUGCACUCACUUUGAAAUAUUUAGGAACUCAAACAACAAUUCCAAUUGUUAACACCGCUCAAAAAACCUUUUCAACUUUUGGGUUCAAUGCGAUUACUGAUGUUAAAACAAUUGAUGGAUACAAUUUUGCAACAUUGACACUUAACGUUCGAAAGGUCGAUUUGAUUAAUGUUAAAAUACCAACACUGGUUUUUACUCCAACAUUUGUAUAUGGAACUUGUCUGACUUCAAUUGUUGGCAGUAUUACCAUACCAACAGAUUCGACAAAUAUUAACGGUUAUAUAUUGCAUGACGGUUCUAUCACUGGUUCUCAAACAACAAGAAUUGGUACAAAAAAUGGCAAAACGUAUUACAGAGCCAUGAAGACUGGACACCCAUAUCAAAAUUUCUGUCAAUUAAACUGUGAUGCUGAAGGUACGUGCACAUUUGUACAAAGUGAUUGUGAGACUUAUGCAACUGGAGAAUUUGCAAUUUUUGUUUUGGGUAACGGUGUCACCAAAAUGGACAACAUUCCGGGAGAUGUUGCAAGAGAAUACACAACUUGUAAUUUGAAAGCAGCAGGAAAACUUGAAGUUGGAACUUCUGUCCAAUUGACGUGUUCAAAUGUUGACAUGGGAGCAAAUCCACUUAUAAUAUCUACUGGUAUAAUCACAAUCAAUUCAUACACAACUACUUCAACUGCAAUAUCUGUUUUGUCAAAUUUACCAACAACUCUCAGCAUUGGAAGUUUGAAAUAUAUUUGGGUACAAAGCGAUGCUGCUACAAGUAUUACUGAUAGAUGUGUCCAAGCAACCAAUAACUAUUACAGAUGUGCAAAAGAAAUCACUGACUUUGAAAUGUUGAACUAUUGUACUUAUACAGGAACAAAUUAUGAUCUUGUUGACUGUGAUCAAGCCGAUGCAAAUACACAAAAAUCCGAAAGAGGUCAUUCUUUCUGGAAGCGGUUGCUCACUUACAACAACUACUUUAACGUUAAAGAA